AUGUUGGAACUGAUUGGGGUCUCGCAUAGCGGGCCAAUUGUACCCAACAAAUCAUCAUGUUGGUCCAGAAUGACCGGAUCCAUUGCAUCCGGACUUAUACUUAAAGACAUAUCAUGUGAGGUACAUUCGGGUGAAGUGAUGGCUAUAUUGGGAAGUAAGGGUUCGGGUAAAAAAGCAUUGAUUGAUGUGAUGGGACACCGAGUAAGUCAGGGCAGCACAAGAGGACAAAUUCUGCUAAACGAUGUUCCGCUCACUUUACGCCUAUUCCAAGAACAGUGCGGUUUUGUCUCCAAAACCACUCAACACAUCGACGGUCUGAGUGUUAGACAAACGUUGAGUUAUAUCUCGCAGAUGACAAUCAGAGGCAAUGGAUCUCUGAAAAGAGGUCGAGUGAAGCAGGUGUUGGCAGAUCUGGCGCUCACUAGUGUUGCCAAACGAGAUGUCAUGGAUCUGAAUGUUUCCGAAAGAAAACGUCUGGCGAUCGGCAUUCAGAUGAUUAGAGACCCACUGUUGCUGAUACUCGACGAUCCAACCAAAGACUUGGAUCCACUCAACACAUACUUUGUUGUAUCCAUUCUAUCAAAUCACGCAAAGAAAUAUCAGCGGAUAGUAGUGUUGACGAUGGAUAAACCGCGAUCAGACAUCUUCCCAUUCCUGGAUCGGGUCACAUAUCUAUGUCUGGGAGAUGUGGUCUACACGGGAAGUACCCGAAUGAUGAUCGACUAUUUUAGAGGAAUUGGUUUCCCGUGUCCUGAGUUAGAAAACCCUCUCAUGUAUUAUCUCUGUUUAUCGACUGUCGACAGAAGAAGUAGAGACAGGUUUAUAGAGUCUUCGGCACAGAUCGCAGCUCUGGUCGAUAAGUUCAAAGUGGAGGGACACGAGUACCGCAAAUAUAUAGGCCCUCCGACACAGAUUCCGGUCAACAUUCCUCUGACGGCAUACGGAAGGGCUUCCUCUUGCAAAGUGAUGACGUCCUUAAUAUCGAGACAAUUCAUGUCUGCCUUCACUCUGCGAAGACUAUUCAUCCGUAUACUAGUAUUGCCGAUGUUUUGUGCAUUGCUUUACUGCUUCAUUGCUCCCCAAUUGGAUAACACACAGAACUCAUUUCAGUCACGGAGUGGUCUCCUAUUCAAUGUGUUGUCUGCCAUCACUUUUAUCGCUCCGGCGAUCACUGCCUAUACCUUCGCUUCACAUCGGAAUCGAUUCUACGAGGAGUCGUCCCGUUUAGCCCUAUAUAGGGGUCCCGUCUUUAUAAUCACACAAAUUAUAGCUAACCUUCCCAUCAAUUUACUGACCGUAUGGUCGGCCGGAACUGUUGUCUAUCUGUGUUCACAACUACGGUAUGAUGACUACUGGCUGGAGAGGUGGAGUAUAUUCUGUGCCAUACUUUGGGCCAUUUAUGCGUUCACUGAACAGCACACCAUUGCUGUCAUGUGUUUCGUGAAAUCGCCGUUUAUGGCGGCCGUCACCACAAUCUAUUGCCUCUCAUUCCUUCUGGUGUUGGGAAGCACUACAUUGAGGUCGAUGUUGGCGGCACCCGAUUGGCUGUAUUACAUCAACUUUGGCAACAUAUACUACUGGUCCGGUUGGACAUUGCAUUUCAAUGAAUUUCAGGACAAUGAAGCACUCGUCAGGACUCCAUUCAUGGCCGAGAACUCCACAGUCGAGGUCUGUCUCGCAAAUAUCGUUCCCGGAAAAUGUGUUUUUCUCAAUGGAAACCACUUUCUGGACCAACGCUUGAAAGAAGUGAAAGACAUCCCGGAGUGGUCUCUAAUCUAUUGGAAAAACUUUGCUUUCAUUUACAUAUUUGUGAUCGCAUUUUAUUUAUUCAAUACAAUCGUAUAUAUGAUUCCACUCACGGCUUCUCUCAAAUCCAAAUUUCGCGAUUAA